AUGUCUGACUUUACUGAAUAUAACGUGUCCUCUUUGGCCACAUGGAACAACGCCUUGAACCUGGACUUGAACACCCAGUUGGGUGCCUCUGUCUUGAGGACCUAUAAUGCGGAGGAGGCAUUGAUUAACCGUGAAGUGUUCAUCAGAAACUCCAACAAGGUUUUCAACACCAGCGUGAAGGUGCAAGGUGCACCAGUGACCAACCAGAAAGCCAGUGGCCGUUGUUGGCUCUUUGCCAGUGGUAACGUCUUGAGACUUCCAUUCAUUGAGAAGCACAACAUCAAGGAGUUCCAGUUCUCCCAGCUGUACUGGUUCUUCUUUGAUAAGCUUGAAAAGUGUAACUUCUUCUUGGAGAAGUUUGUCGAGUCAAUUGAUGCUUCUGAGGACUUGGAUAUCAACUCUCGUCUUAUCCAGCACUUGUUGGAUGAUCCUACUUGUGACGGUGGUCAAUUCGAUAUGUUCAUUAACGUGGCUGAAAAGUACGGUAUGAUUCCUCAUGAAUUGUAUCCUGACGCUUACUCUGCCACUGCUUCAAGAACCUUGAACUUCUUGCUUAAGACCAAGUUGAGAGAAUUCGCCCAGCAGUUGAGUAAGGCUAAGAAGGACGCCCCAGACUCGAUCCAGGAGUUGAAGGAGAAGCAGCAAAAGGAAAUCUACAGACUUAUGGUCAUUUUCUUGGGUCAGCCACCACUUCCAGAUUCUGAGUUGGUUUGGGAUUACAAGGAUAAGGAUGACAACGUCAAGCAGUUGAAGUUCACUCCAUUGCUGUUCUACAAAGAUUUGGGUAUUGACUUGAAGAACUACGUUUCCUUGUUGAAUGACCCUCGUAAUCCAUAUGACAAGAUCAUCAAGAUUGACAAGUUGGGUAACGUUGUUGGCGGCAAAGAAGUGUCUUACUUGAACAUCGACAUCGACCAAUUGGCCAAGUACGCUAUUGAACGUAUCAAGAGCAACCAGGGAAUCUUCUUCGGUACUCACACUCCAAUUUACAUGGAUAAGAAGAGAGGUAUCAUGGAUGAGGAGCUCUAUAACUACAAGCUCAUUGACUUCCACGCCUCCCAAGACAAGGCUAGCAGAAUUGAAUACAAGCAGUCUCUCAUGACACAUGCAAUGGUCUUGACUGCCGUGCACUUGGAUGAGCAGGGAAACCCUGUCAGAUGGAAGGUUGAGAACUCCUGGGGUAAAGAUUCUGGUCAGGAUGGUUACUAUUGUAUGGACCACAAGUACUUCAAGGAGUACGUCUACCAGAUCGUUGUCGACAAGUCUGAAUUGCUGGACAACCACCAGUCGAUUGUGUCUGAGGCAGCUGACCCUGUGGUCUUACCACCAUGGGACCCUAUGGGAGCUUUGGCUAAUUAG